UUAUAUAAUAGUUCGUCGGUAGAACAUUCUGGCAACUUCGAAUUCGCUGUCUACUUGGUUCUGGCAGUUUAUCGUCGAUUUGAUAUUGUUCUAUCAUCAGUGUUCGUCACAAUAUUAAUGUUUACAAAUUAUUCAAGAAUAAUGGUAUGCUGUUAUUCUUCUGAAUUAAUUCUUGGUUUCUUCAAAUGACAUUAAGAUAGUAAAAGAUCAAUAAGAAAUUUUGGAACAGAAUGACAAGAACCAGUCACAAGAAAAACCGGCCGUUCGAUUUUAAGUUAAUAUCACUGGUCCAACCGCAUCCAGUACUAUACCAUCGGCAAUGGGGUGGACUUUCAACAUUCGAAUCCAUGAAAGAAAAAAAUCGAAUAUGGAAUACUAUUGCUUUAGAAAUGGGAACUAGCCCUGGUUUUUGUCUUAGUCGUUGGAAUAAUCUGCGAAACCAUUUCCAGCGGGAACUUCGCCAUUGUCACGAACUAUGCCCUAAAGAAGGUACAAUUCGAGGAUCAACUUGGCCUUACCUAGAAAGGUUGCGUUUUCUUGAGAGAACUGUCUGUUUCAACAAACCUAGUAAACGUUUACGUAUUAAUAAACUUGAAAAAAUACGUUUGAAUUCUAAGAACUUAGAAGGACGUGAAGAGACCGUAUCGGGAUCUUCAUCAUAUAACGAAACCAUUAUCGAAUAUGAAGAACUUACAAAUUCGAAUAUCGAGAAAGGAGCUUGUGCGAUUUUGCAGAAUGAAGGUGAAUUGAAUCAUGAACGGAUUUUAAACUAUGAGCGAAUGGCAAAGUUAUUUAACAAACUUCCCAACGAAAUUAAAGGUCAUAUCGAGCGCAGAGUAAUGACUUACUUAUGCAAGUGUCAAUUGCGAGCAAUAACAAAUCAAGGGAUUGCUGACAUAGGAAUUUGAUCCGAAUAAUACAAUACAUACGGCUAUAAUUAAUUUUCUUGCAUAUAUUCUCAAAUUCAUAUAGAUAUGUUAAAGAAUUACAAUAAAAUCAUAACACACUGUACCAAACUGUGUAUCAGCAA